GUAUGUAGGAACUCCUUCCUCACUUUGGACUGAGAGAUCCACACAGGCAGCUAGGUCGGAGGACCACACCGGCAAGGCUGCAACAUGCGCUCAGGACUGCGUGCUGCGUUUCAGUCCCUAAGCGCACCUGGCACGUCGCUCGGCUCAGUUUUAAGACGCCCACUUCUCUCUUUCGUUUUGCUUUGCACUCUACAUCAGACUUGCAGCCGAGGAGAUCAAUGGGGACAAUACUGUGAGUGGCUGAUGACUGCGCCUGUCCCCGCGCACAAAGGAAUGGACUGCAGUUUUACUUGAAAAGGCUCAUGGAGAAUUCAGCCAAGUAUCUCCCAUCGGUGCAGGGGACUGACUCUGUGCCAUCACCCCUCGGAGAGAUUAUGUGGAACAGCACCGAAACGGAGGCAACAAGCGAUGGGAGAAAGGAUAUGAUUGUGCGUACGGUGACGGGCUGUCUGUUGUUCUUGCUCAUCCUAUGGACCCUGCUGGGGAACAUCCUGGUUUGCUCCGCGGUGCUCCGCUUUCGGCAUCUGCGGACCAAAGUCACCAACAUUUUUAUCGUGUCUCUGGCUCUGUCUGAUUUAUUCGUGGCCGUCCUGGUGAUGCCCUGGAAGGCUAUAGCAGAGGUGGCAGGGUAUUGGCCAUUUGGCACUUUCUGUAAUGUCUGGGUCGCUUUUGACAUUAUGUGCUCCACCGCCUCCAUCCUCAACCUCUGCAUCAUCAGCGUGGAUAGAUACUGGGCCAUUUCUAGCCCCUUUCGCUAUGAGAGGAAAAUGACCCAGCGAGUUGCCUUUGUUAUGAUCAGCAUCACUUGGACGUUGUCUGUGCUCAUUUCAUUCAUACCGGUACAGCUAAACUGGCACAAAGCCAGCGGUGACGAAAUGGCUGGGACGCACAACUCUACCACGAGUCGGCACAUGGAGGAAAACUGCGACUCCAGCCUGAGCAGAGAGUAUGCUAUAUCCUCCUCUUUGAUAAGUUUCUAUAUUCCCGUGGCAAUUAUGAUUGUGACUUACACUCGAAUAUACCGGAUUGCACAAAUACAAAUUAGAAGAAUAGCCUCCCUGGAGAGAGCGGCAGAACAUGCGCAAAGUUGCAGGAGCAACAGAAUAGAGUGCCAACACCAUAACACACUGAAAACGUCGAUUAAAAGGGAAACCAAGGUGUUCAAAACUCUGUCGGUGAUUAUGGGUGUCUUUGUGUGUUGCUGGUUACCUUUCUUCGUCCUAAACUGCAUGGUCCCGUUCUGUGACCGUCCGGCAACAGAAAGGGACACAGGUCUGCCGUGCGUCAGCGAAACGACGUUUGACGUUUUCGUGUGGUUCGGCUGGGCCAACUCCUCCCUGAACCCCAUCAUUUACGCAUUCAACGCCGAGUUCAGGAAGGCCUUUGCCAGCCUCUUGGGCUGUCCGUAUUUCUGCUCUAACACACCAGUAGAAACUGUAAACAUCAGCAACGAGCUGGUCUCGUAUAACCAAGAUACCCUCAUCCACAAGGAAAUCGCCAACGCCUAUGUCAACAUGAUCCCCAACGUGGUCGAAUGUAUAGAGCUCGAAGAAACGUUUGACAGGAUUUCACAGUUUUCUCACAACAACGAAAACGCCACCGAUUCGGUUUGUGACUUGGAGGAUUGCGAGGCUGAUAUCAGUCUUGACAGGAUGUCACCGUUCACACCCAAUGGAUUACAUUGACUCCCACUUUGUCUCCCCGUGUGUAAUUGGAUGUAUUGUUAAUAAUGUUUAUGCUCGUUCAGCUCUUUUGCCCGAGAAGCUCCUCUCCACAGGAAGCCCAAACAUCAGGCCCCCCCCAGGCUAAUGAGCAGUGCCCCUUGUAGCUGCUGAGAGAUCUGGUCACUUGCUCAUGGACACUUAUUUAAGGCGCAUGUUUCUGCACCACCAGGCCACCCUGCCAACGCUUUGCAUCAUAUAUGAGAUGUGAUGUUGUCCUGUUCUUAAAAAAAGAAAACACAGUUGAUGUUUAUUUGCCUGACAAGUGAAGUCCAGUGUUGUUCAAGUUGUUGUUUACUCAAACGCUUUAUUAGGAUCAUCCCUGUCUCAUGUCCAUCCACUUGGAAGGACACACAUUUAUAAAGACUUACUGAGGAUUCAUAAAGGGAGCCUUUUGCUGCUUAAUGACCUCAUAUGUAUCCAAUGCCCGCCUUUCCACUGAGAAUGAAAAUAAGGGCAGCCUUACAGACAGUGCAACCAAGGUAGUUCUACUCCAGUGCAUUCAUUUCAGCGCCUUAAAGCUUAUUUAAAGAAGUAUUUUGAGACAUGAAAGGAAUGUGUCAAAUGUAGUUAAGUUACAUGAUGCCAAAAUGCAGUACUGAAGUGUUUACCCACUGCACCCACCCCGGUGACUCCUCAACAUGCCUGUUCUGCACCACAUGGACUAUUAUGCACUUUGAAAAUUGCCAGAGGACGUGACGGAGUACAACCUGAAGGAAAAUGCACAAAAUGGAACUGUGAGCCUGUUUAUACUGGCAUCACUGAUCCAAAUCGAAGAAUUGUGACUAGAAUAAGCAAAGUCAUUUUUAUCAAAACUGUUAACUGUUUUUAUUUGAUCAAUGUUUCUGCUUUAUCAACCACAGGCAACUCAAACUGAAUAAACAAAAGGUCAGAAAGAAUCAAGACUGUCCUAAAUGACCAAAGAUUUCAAGGAGUGAAUCAAGAAUUCUGACACAAUAAAGGUAAAGCAUUUUGUCAACUAGACAAAUUGUUGCUAUAGAGCAGCCUAUAGGCCACUGAGCCAACACAACUGGAUUUCAUACAUCACCUCUCCUACACCUCUGUACUGUACAAAUGACUUGAUCUGAAUGUAUCCUGCUGUCCUGUCAACAGUGAAGUGUGUCAUCAUUUGUCUAAUAAAAUGCUGAUAU